AUGGCAAGGAAAAACUAUUUAGUAUGGACAUAUUUUGUAUUGUGUAUUUUGAUUGGUUUGUUCGACCUACGCAUUGACGGUAAGGAUUCUUCAAUAAAACUGGGCGCGUGUGUUAACGAAGAAAAUGAAGAUGGCUUUUGCGACAGUAAUGAUGAAAACAAGUAUCUUGAAAAUAACGAAAAUUUGCAAGCGGAAGAAACUAAGGGAUCAACUUUACUGGGACAAGAAGAAAUAACGAAUUUUAUCGAGAAUUCUGUAAACGUCAACAUAUCUGAAAGUGAAGUCAAUAAAUCAUUAUCGGGAAGCGAAGAUAAACAAACAGACAACGCUGACAAUUCGACCAAUGAUUGGCUCGGACUACGUAUUCCGGUUGUUAAUGGAGUUGAGGUAAGUCCAGCAUUUUAUGUUAUUACUUCUUCUAGGCGAAAAUUUUGUUAUCCAAGUAGCUAAGCUACGUACAUUAUCCAUGCAACCUAUUUAACACGGACAUCCCCUUUACACGGAGUCUUCAGACGACAUAUAUAUAAACAUGUGCAGUGCAUGUAUGACCUCUGUUAUGACAUUUUCGCAAAAUUAUAAUUACAAUAAUGAAGAUAAUGAUGAUGUCAUCAUGUCCUCAGAACUGUAUUUAAGCCGCAUUUUUUUUUUACCUUUAAACAGGUUGGUCAUGUUCAAGAAGUUGAAAUACUUCCGGGGGUCAAACGGCAGAUGAAAACACUGAGCAUGCGUCCACUGGUAUUUGGUAAGAUGGAAAAACAAGAAGUUACUUGAAUUUUACAAAAGUAUACAGAAGUUAAUAUUCUGGUAAUUAACACUUUAAAGCACGAUAUUCUUCACCCUAUUUUCAAUACAUUUUCGGGGAUCACUUCCUUUAUUAUUGUGACCUUCAUGGAAUGUUUAAAAAAACGAGUAGCAUUGUUGAAGGUUAAGCACGAGACGAAGGUUAAACAUUUAAACAUCUUUUCUUUUAACUGGCUGCCUGGCAUUUUUAACUCUUAGGAUUUUUCGGGCAGCCAGCGCCCCUAUCAUCGUCUGUACUAUUGUUAUAAAUUUUUAUUUCUUGUAUAUUAUGGGGUGAAGUAAAGUGUUGUUGUUGUUGUUGUUGAGAAUUUUUGGACUUUAUAAAACACGGUUUUUGCCAAGUAAACAGCUUCAAAAACGUCCCUGAAGUAUUAUUUCCUAUAGAAUUGUAAAAUCCAAUGUACAUCGGUCUUUUUCUGUUUUUAAAAUGUGUUAAUUGGAAACUGUCGAACAAAGGCAGCGUUCUCAAGAGCAAUUGUGCGAAUACAUUGUGAAACUGAAGUUCCGAGGGUCUACUCUACUUUUAAUACGAUGCCGCAACCCAAAAGAAAUUUCAGAAGUUAAUAAACGUAAAAGAGGGAAAAAAUCGAACGAGGAGACUGACACUAAGGCUAACUGCACAAACACAUAAGGGACAGUGAUAACUUACGGAAUUUCAAAUUGGUAAGAAUUGUUUGUGACUCAUUUCGCUGGCUCUUUCUUGGCUCGGAAAACAAUAGUACCUUGAAAUAAACUGGUUGUGGUGUUUUCUCGACUAAAAAUCUUUUUUUUUUUAAUUUUAAAUAAGCUCUGAUAUUAGUUCGUUUAAGGCUGAACAUCUUUUUGGCUUCUGCAGAUAUUUUGAUGAAUUUUUGACAUUAUCAUUUAUUUGCAAAUUAGAAUAACCAUUUAUUUUAUGAUAAAAUUUUAUGCUCAUUACUAUUCUUUGUAUAAAAUGGUUAUCAUCCUAAUCAGCAUUCCAUUGUUCCAGUCAUUCAACCUCGUAUAAUUUCCCCUGAGGCUUAAUUCAAAUCCCUCUUAUCCUCUGCCGUUUUAAGAUGAAUUUUAGCGCGUAUGAAAUCAGAGGUCCGUGAUUAAACCCUUGCAUUCAGCAGGACAAUAUACUGACCAUUUAUCAGUUGUUGAAGUGUUCUAAUCAGUAAGGUUUUAACUUUUGAGAAGAAAUUAGACGCUGGGCACGUUUAGUGGUUAAGGUUACAGACAAUUCGAUUAUCCAAUGAAACAAAACUCGAAGAGGACGGUGCGUGGACAACUACAAGCAACAUCCUAGAGUUCUCUGAGGCAGUCCCGGCUGCAAAAAUUAACUUUUAUUUCUUAUUCUCCAGAGAUUCCUGAUUUUCUCGAUGCUGACGAAUGUGAACUUAUCAUAGCUCUUGCUGAGAAUAAAAGGCUUAGAGAUAAUCCUAAAAUAACGGAUAGUAGAGGAAUCUUAUAUGAAGAUCCUGUCAACACUUUCAAGUUGUGGGACUUAAACGGAGAUGAUUACAUUGACACAGAAGAGGUUAGUGGAACUGUACAUCCUCUUAAAUCAAAAAUUCUCUUCGUAAGUGUAUACUGUUGCUUGUUGAAUCCACUGCAAUCAUCAGUCGUUUCCAAGAACAGGUUUUCCCAUUUCACUUUUUCUGUCUCUUUGUCGCACCUAUAGAUCGUCAGAGAUUUGUGCAGAAACAUCCCUGCCAACCAAGAGUGGUAUUUGAGUAAAUAGUUUGCAAUAUGAGGCGGGCUGCUCCUCCUUGAACACACUUCCAUGAGCUCGAAGUUAAUAACAUUAUUUCCUCAGGCCCGAAAUUGGGAAGAUAAGAGGGAGGAGAGUUAGUUAGUGCUUUCGCAAGGAAAAAGACUCUUUCAUGCUCCACCUACUUAUGAAACACUUUCAGCGAAUGCGCACACUCGGUUGAACAUUAUAUAUUUUCAAUUACAGAUUGUUCUGAUUCCUGGAAAAAUGGAUCUCAAGUUUACAGAGAUAAACGCCACUGAAAUGUAUGUCGUCAACUUAAAAUCCCAUAUAAUUGCUUUUCACUCUUUCAGUCUCUAUUCAUCCUCGAUAAUGCCCUGAAUGCCACUUAUUGGAUACCCACUAGUAGACUGUAGUGCAAUAGCCGACGUCUAAAGUUGCUAAUAAAAUUUAUUAUGGCUCCAAUCAAAGCUGUAAUGUCAGUGAGCAACUCAGAAUUUCACUUAAGUACAUGCAGUUUCUGAAAAACAAGUGAAUAUGCUAGUCGAGGGUUUUGCCUUCGCGCCUCACUGGUUUAUUGUAAUUUUGUUCUGAGUGGCUUUUCUUUGAUUUUAAAUUGACAGGAUGAAGUCAUUAGAAAUGGAUAAAGACGACAACGGUUUGUAAACUUUUCCUGUUUCAUAACAUUGUCUUUGUGUCAUAACUGGUCACAUUUUUUCCCGGUUUCCAAAGCAUGAAACGAUUUUGGAUAUUUCUAUCUGCACCCCGGACAGGAUGCUAGUCCACCCUUGGGUUACCCCCAACGUUAAAUUUGCGAUACUUAUUUACACACGUAGGUGGUGUGAGGCACCAUGGCAGUAACGUGUCUCACCCAAGAACUCAACGAAAGACCCUGUCAAGGGCUAAGCACGUAGACUCUCGAUUUGAACUCCAAACCGCUAGCCAUUAGGUCAUCUCGCCUCUCAUUCGUUCACCUCGAGUCUGAGUUAUCAUAUUUUAUCGUCAUCAUCGCCACCACGAUCACUAAUUCAUCAUUACUUUCAUGACUAACCAAAUCUUGCUUGGAUAUUUUUUUAAAUCAGGGAAAAUUGACUUGACUGAGUUCAAGAGCAUAGAACUUGAGAGGAUGCGAGACUACAUAGCUGCUCUUUUGAAUGAUUCUUCAUUGAGGAGAAUAGCCAGCAGCAAGAUUUCAUGGUUAUGGCACGAUGAAGACGAACUGCUAAGAUAUCAGCCGGAACUACUUGACGGAUUUCACGAACGGUACGUGUACACUACAACAGGCACCUUGAAGUGGUCCCUUCUGUUCGUAAUUCCUUUCCUAACACGGCUUUGACCCUCUUAAAGGCGGACACCCAGUCCCUAAGAUGGAUUCUUUAGUGUCCGUCCAACCGGGGUGUCCAUCUUCAAAAGAGUUGACUGUACUCCUGUAUUUCACAUUAUCAGGGUUUGUAUAAAGAGACUGUUUUGUGUUAAGCUUGCUCCCACUUAGUAUCUAAUAGCAAAAUCAUUUUGCUUCUAGCCUACAAGCAAUUACCAAGAUACCAAAGGAGAUAUUACAAGAAAGUGAACCAAUGCAGGCAAGAAUAUGACUUUACUAAGCGUACUUCAGAAAUACCAAUUAAAACUUCUUCACUUUAUUUAUCCCACUCUUAACUUAUGUUCUGGUUUGGAGUCAACCCUCGCAAGGUUAUUUCGAGGGGUUCGGAGACCCCUAGGACCUCCCUAGAAAUAAACGGCAGGCUAAAGGUUUUUUUAAAUUACCUACGAGCGUUUAAUAUGUUCCCUUAUUCACCUUUUAUCAUCUGAUUCCAAAAACGAAAAAAAUACUGUCCGACAGAUAAUACUAAAUUAAAUAAAUUCAAUUUUAGGUGUCACAAUACGAAGAAGGUAGUUAUCAAUAUUGUCAGCAAGACAGCGAGCCUACAAUUAAAGGAGUUCCGUGCUGUCUUUAUGGCGACAUGAAUCAGUGCAGAAUAUGCAGGUAUCUCAUAAAUCUUAAAAAAGUAUAUUUUUAUAAAUAACAGGAAAAUAAAUCAGUAAUUUUAUGAUAUAAUAAAGUGAUUAAUGCAAGCUAUAACCCUAAUUUAUUUUCAUUAAAAUAAAUCAUUAAAAAUAAUGAAAUAAAAUAUAUUUUUUUUUACAAUGACUAAAAUUCAUGUCUCUUUAUAUUAUUUUGGAAGGUUUAUAACAAUAACAUAUUUUUUAACUGAUGUUGACGAUGGAGGGGAAGUUGUUGUACCACUUGCCAACAACAAGUUUGAGGUAUUUUCGUCCUAGUUAUGUGUAUACGGACCGAUAUGCAUUUCAGAUAUGUUGAAAUCUUUAUUUCACGUGUACAUCGUGAACCUAAACUUGGUUUUUAUGAGUGGUGUUCACUUUAUGUGUCGCUAGUAAUUUCGUGAUUGCCAUGGUUUUUAGUUUCUAUUUUAAGAAUCGUUUAAAAAACUUACCUUUUUAAAAUGGCUUUUAACUUAGAACUAUUUUUUUUCUCUACAUCUUAACCUUUAAACUUUUUAAUUGUCUAUACUUAGUUAUACUGUUAUACGUUUGUAUGAUAUACUUUUUAUGUUUUUAUAUUUUGUAUCACUUUUCUUAUUUUUGUAAAUGGAUGAUGGCGCUAUAUGAUGUAUUACUAUUAUUAUUAUUAUUAUUAUUAUUAUUAUUAUUAUUAUUAUUAUUAUUAUUAUUAUUGUUAUGUGAUUUUUGACCAACUUUCAUGACCAAUCCGAGAAGUAAUCUAAAUGCAAUAUUGACUUGCACCUAAACGUUUUCUCUUGCUUGGUCCCGGCUACACGUAUUUACUUCUAGUUUCUAAAGGUUCUCAGUUUUGCCCACCCUGUUGUGCCAGACUAAAGUAAUAACUAUUGAGCUUGGUUCUACUUUAUUCAGUAGGACGAUCUCUAAUCUACAUUAAUAAGAACCUUUUCUUAUUUUUUAGGAAGAAGUUAUGAAUAAUUCAGGAAACUGGACGGGUUUCUUUACUUACGCCAAGACCACUGGAGGUCGCAACUCUUUCAAGGUUGACAUCAAGUUUGAAGUCGACGGAGCUAACAAGAUUCUUGUCGGUAAAGGUCAUGAUGCAAGCGGUGCAUUCGAGUUAAUUGACAGUUUAGUGACAGGGGACAUUGUUCGAUUUCGUAAAAAGUACCUUAAUCAGGAGAAUAAUGACGUGCUGAUUAAAUAUGCCGGAAGAUUAAAGGGUAAUGCUCAGAUAGAAGGAAAAUGGUGGAUUCCAGGAGAGAAGAAAAUUCAUGGAUUUUUCUUCAUGCGUUAUGAGGCCUAUGAGGUAUGCUGAAGAUUAAAAUCUCACUUUUUCGUCAAUUUUGGUCUGUUUCUCAAUUCCACUUUUUAGCACCCUCAGUGAGGUCAAUCAUCAAGCCAAGGUAGCUAAUUUCAGUGCAAUAGAAAUGGGAAUAAACGCACUAAACGUCCCUUAUUUCGGAAUCCUGUCUUUUUGUUCCCUUAAACUUGUUUCGGAUGUCACCUAAUUACCCUUUCAUAAAAAUGAAGAUAACAUCUUCCCUUAAAUACGAAUUGACGAACGCAUUUAGUUAUCAACAUCACUUCCCUAUAUAAUUCCUGUGCUGGUUUGUAGCUGACGUAACGGUUGACGUCACGCAACUGAUGUCACGGCGGCCAUGUUGGUCGACAAGAACAAAAGAACUCUUUUUUCAUGCAACCUCUCCGAAAAAAAAGUUAUUGCUCUGUCAAUCAACAUGGCCUCCUCGUCACGUGGUUGAAGACCAAGAAUAAUGACGAAUCUAUGGUCUCGACUUAUCUUUUUGUUUCAUUUACGUUACAGAAAUGGAUGAAUGAUGCGCUAGGAAAAUGCAACUCGUAUGAAUAUUGCUCAAAGGGAAAUCUAGUUAUCAAACCUCAAAGAGGUAAGGCGAUCAUGUGGUAUAACCACGUGAUCAAUGACGAAGGCAACUGGAUUGGAGGCUUAGAUAACAGGAUGCAUUAUGGGCAUUGUGACGUCAGUAGUGGAGAAAAGUGGAUAGGCACAAACUGGAUUAAUGUAGAUGGCGAGGGAGACAUGGAAUUACGAGCUUGGAGAAAGGGAAGCAAUCUUUUAUCGGUUGCUAGAAGGCACGGAAAUCAGAACAUACUACAAAGAAUGCAAAAAAGUAGAAACAGAAUUCAUACCGACGUCAUCGAAGAAGAAAUGCAAAGUGAUAUGGAAAACACUGAGGAAUGGACGUUUCACGAUUCUCAUCCAAAGGAACGAUUUGUUCUUAACGCUGUGACGUCCCUUUUAGAAACCCUUAAGGAGGAUGAACUGCGAAGUGUAUCUAAGAAAGUGCACGAGAAACUUGAGAUGUUGUGUGUUCCUCUGGUGCUAAACCAAGGAGGAAAAAUUUCCUUGGUGGAUGGUAGUAAGGCAGAUUGAUAAAGCGUUUAGAAAAUGCAGCUAAAAUGUACAGUUUCUAGUCAUAUUUAUCUUGAAGUUUCAACUUCCAAAAGCAGUUAUUAAAAAGUUAUGUAUCUCAUAUAAUUAAGAUUACAACAAAUUAAAAACUGUGGCAAAACUGUAAAUAUAUUUUCUGUAAUAUAUAUUGCAUAUUUUGGUAUAAUUAUUUUAUUAUUUCAGUAAUAUAUCGUAAUUACUUUUAGACGCACGAAUUAUAACCUGUUUUCAUGACAAAUUAAAAGACGGUGUUUCUGAAAAUUCUUAUCACUAUUUUUGUUAUAUUUUAGUAUACCAUGUAUAUUUAAUGUUACUGAAGCCUGAAGUGUGAUGUUGCGCUUUCAAGGGAGCCUUCACGAUUUUCGGUUUUUGAUACCUCUGAUGGUUGACAAGAAACCACGAGGGUGUUUAGCCAAUCGCAUAAAACAGUGGAAUAACAAAGCGAAAGUACUCUUCACGGUACAAUGGACUGAAAAUGGUUCCACUUUCUGAAAAGUGCAGAGAUGGCAAUGGCAGCUUUCUGACUCCUUUAUUUUAAUUUCCUAGCAUACAUGCAUGCGGGCGGGACCGACGUUAUAUUACAUCAAAAUAACCUUAUAAAGUGCUAGCCUUUUAACUGAGUUGGUUGCAUUUAAGAAGAUGAAAACAAACGAAAACAAAAGCGAAAUGACGACAAGAUAUUUCUCAUAUUUAUCUGGGCCACUGCAAAUUUCAAUCUAUAUAAUAACUAUAUUUUUUAAGCAAAUAUAGGUAAAGAUGUUUCGCUUGCUCACAAAUGUGGCCGUGAUUAGAGAGGCUAGUUUCAAAUAUCAAGCUAUAAAGCUCAGUCACCAAGGUUCAUAGCUUGUGCCAAUUAUAAACGAAGAAACACUGGACAAGAGUUUGAGCAGCUGAGUGCCAGGUACUUGCUGCCCACCUGUUGAAAGUGGAUGAAUAAAUUAUCAGGUGAAUAAAUUAACUUUAAGCCAAGGCAGAUGUUCAAGGAUGAUUCAACUUCACAGUAAUUUCUUCAAAAUAGGAAAAUUUUAACAGAAUCAUCAGGUGUUUUCCCGCAUAUUAUGGGAACUUGGGUUCAUGAUGUUGUGAUAGUAAUCUACACCCUAAUUACGUUUCACGGAGAUCAUGUGGUCAAAUCAAAGCAAUUUGGUGAUGGUCAAAUCAAUCAGUGUCACGACAGAAACGGAGACUGCUCGACUGAGCGAACUAAGAGUAACGUUCUUCUGAGAUUACCGCGACUAGAUGCAGUAAAGGUAAUGAAUUUUUUCCUUUUCGUGUUUUAUAGAAAGCGAGAAUUAUAUAUACCAAUCCAGAUGGUUAGCUUGGAAAAAUACGUAACACUUGUGUCUUGACUCUCUUGCUUUCUGCUUGCCUCUUGCCUCUCAGUUUGCACUGACAAAGGAUAAAAUCGGAGUGUUUCUUUGAGUAACACCUUCAGAAAAUGCAAAGGGUCAGCUUUCAGUACUAAAACCUUAGAGUUGCCCGCGCAUUUUUAGCAGCUAUUACUGGAAUGCUAGAGCUUAUUAAGAGAGUAGCUUCACAUCAGCUGUUAUUAUUUCAAUCAGCAGCCUAAGUGCUUUUUUGUUAUCUUUGCUAGAAGUUAUGAUAGUUGUAGGCUUGUCAUAGUACAAGAAAAAAAAUCGAAGCCCUAGGUAUAGCCGUUCAAAAUCCAUGGGACCAUAGCUAACAAGAAUUACUCAUACCCUUAAUUCUUUGGAGAAAAGUGAACUUAAACGAUUCAAGCGGGACACAAUGUAGAGUUUCCGUUAGAUUUAUUUAUUAUUGUUGUUAUUUUAAAACAGCUAAUAAAGCUAGUUCCUUUCUUAAAACUACAUAAAAUGGAUUUUAUUUAAAUGUCUAUUUCAAAUAGAGCUGCACCUCGUUCUAAAGGAACAUGUGCUAGAACUUUAAGAACAGUGUUUUGGGACAAACGAAGACUAAAUUUUGAACUAAUUAAAUCACUUACAUGCAAAGUUGUCAUAUUUACCGUUCAAGUUAUGCACGGAGCUAUGAGCAUUUCCCCACGCCUGAGCAACUUAUAUAAAUUAGAUUCAUUGCACAGCAUAGUGAUAUGAACAGCUGUUCCAGGUCAAUAACUCUACUGUCAUGACUUAUUGAGAAGUCAGUAAGUACUCAUUCCAAAUAAACAAGAAAGUUAAACUAAAGUGUGUAAAAGAAUUUUCACCAACAGGCAGGUAAUACAAAGAUACUCAAUAUAGAGAGAACACAGCUAUAUCUGUCUAUAGGCCAAAAAUGUCUGUAGAUCGCUCUUUGCCACUGCAAAACUGAUGGAAAGAAAGAAUUGGCUAGGCGUCUGUUCAAGUUUUUUGGAAGGUGAAUUUUUAAGACUAUAAAUUAUUGAGACACUGUCGUCAAAUAGAGUAUAUUUCGAAAAACAAAAUAAUCUCUAUCCCUUUCCCCCUUCCACCUUAUCCUCAAUUGGUUGUAUGCUGCUUCCUCAGCGGACAACAAGGCAAUAUUUUGUAAAAUUUUUAGGAAUUUCGCCCAUUUUAUGGGAAUGUCUUUAUAUUAAAAAAAAUAUUUAUUAUUAUUCUAGGUGGGUUACACUCAAGAAAUGGAAUUGACAAAAGGUAGCAUUCACACAGUGAAGACUGUUAGUUUACAGCCACCAGUGUUUGGUACGUGAGUACUCUUAGCUGUCCUUCAACAAAUACAAUUGUCCUAUAGCGCUGAACCUUAACAUAUAUAUACAGUGGAAGCACUCUUGAGCAGACAGCCUUGGAACGCGAAAAAGAUGUUCGUAACUGGAGCUGGGCUCUUACGGGAAUGUAAAGAAAUAAAGAGUUUGUAUGACAGUUGAGAAAACGGGGAUUUGUGAAGGUGGCUGUAAGUAGAGCUGUCUGCUUACGAGAGUGUCCGUUGGGAGAGCUUCCCCUUUAUUAAUGAUUCACAUAUUAAUAUCAUACACGGAUUUCUUUGUUUCACGUUCGACAGAAAUUCCAAACUUCUUCACGGAUGAGGAAUGUGGAAUGAUUAUAGAUUUGGCUCAAGAAAAAGGUCUGAAAGAUAGUCCGUUUACCCCAGAUACUGACAAUAUCGAUGAUAAAGAUUCCAUUGACGGCAUAUUAAAGGCAUGGGACAGAAAUGAAGAUGGAUUUGUUGACAAGGAUGAGGUAAGAUUCCAUCCACGAUAUAACUUUACUUUGGCUGGUUCUUUUGGUACACACUGGUUGGUUAUGGUAUGAAUUCAAGUUUCGCUCGUGUUUAACAAAUAGUAUGACACAAAUACUGAGGUUUUUUCGAACCUUUCCUAUGUUAAGAAAGAACUAUAACUUUUCCUGCUAUUGUAUUCCACUUUACUGAACAGGCUCUUUAUCAACCUGGUAAACGAAACGUUUACAUGACAGAAGAAGACGUGCUAGAAAUGUAAGUUAAUUUGAGUUCCUGCCGAUUUAGAAACAAAACGUUCUUUUUAUGUUUUGUUAUUUUCCUCCUAUUUCUGAUUUAUUGCAAUGGUUUAUUUUAGGUUUAAAGCCCUAAACCUUGAUCAAGAUAAAGAUGGUAUGUAGUUAGAGGAUCCUCCUCCUCAGUCCUCCUCCUCCUUCUUCUUCUUGUUAUUAUUAUUAUUAUUAUUAUUAUUAUUAUUAUUAUUAUUAUUAUUAUUAUUAUUAUUUUCUCGCUCUUUUACUUUACUCCGGUUAGUGGAACUGUUCCCAAAUGAAUUGACUUGAAAAGAGCUACAAAGUUUCUGAAUUUUAACUCUUUCGAGGUGGCCAAUUUCUCUUUGCUAUGAUCUUUUUUCACACAAUCUGAUUUAUGCAGCGCUAAAUAGAUUUUAUAUCAAACCUGUAGGAAGAGUUCCGUUAAAGAAGUUAGACCACACAUCAUUGGAAAAUAUCCACGCUUAUAUUGACAAGGAAGUAACAAAGAAGCCGCGCAUGCGCAGCCAAAACAGUAAACAAGUUUGGUUAUGGCACGAUGAUGACGAACUUCUGCAGUACGAAGGUCUGCUUGAAGACUAUCACGAGAGGUAAAUUAAAGUUAUUUCAAUGUUUGCACCAGUUCAUAUUUGUCUAUUUAUUCACAAAAGAACAAAUUCAAACAAAUAGACAGCUAAAAUGGAGAUCUUACUGUUUUAAGAAACGCUUUCUUUAAUUUUGCAGAAUUGAGCAGCUUACCAAGCUACCAAAGGCAAUCCUACAGCAAAGCGAGCCACUGCAGGUAAGUUAAAGGGAUAUCUUCACGGUAGACUAGCAAUUUUAGUUUUCCAUUGGCAGACAUUUCCCAUAUACACUUCAAAAACGGAGAUUUUUGUAGAAGUGUAUAUACUUAUAUUAUAUCCAGUUACGCCCAAAAAGUUUCCUUGAAAAAAUGCUCCAUUUUUCUUGUUUUUUCCCCAUAGUUUCGAGUUGGGAUUAUUUCCCUCGACCUUUCCUGUUUCCUGAAUGAAAGAGGUUGAUCUCUUUUGUCUUAUUCCCAAGGUGGUACGUUACAAAGAAGGAGGUCAUUAUCACUGUCACCAUGACAGCGAAGAAAUCGCGCAUGACAAACCUUGUUGCUUGUAUGGCUCUAAAGAUUGCAGGCUCUGUCGGUAAGUAAGUUACACGCCACAUAUCCGAAAAAACCAGCUUUACGGCAAUUUCUAGCAGGGUAUUUUCAUGAUAGUGUUACUUUUUAACUGUCAGAUAUCUGACGAUCAUGGUUUUUCUAAAUGACGUCGAAGAAGGAGGAGAAUGCGCAUUUCCCAUUGCUGAUAACAGAACUUUCAGUUGGAAGGUAUGUCUAAGUAAAAAAAUCAUUACGUCGAGAAACUAUGACAAUACUGCCUGCCGCGUUAUUUUAACUUAGGCCAAAUGUAAUGAUGUUAGGAUUGCAGCUUUAUUAAAAAAAAGAAAUCAGAAAAAUUUAUAUGCCAGGAGCGCCCCAGUUGUUCAAAAGGUAAAUAAUGCUAUCCACUGGAUAAACCUCUAUCUAAUGGGUAGAGAUUAGUGUCCCUAAUCCCUAUCCACUGCAUAGUGAUUUAUCAAGUGGACAGUGCUAUGCAGCGUUUGAACAACUGGGGCCUGUUUGAGAAUUCUCUCUGACGAUUAGCUGUUCCUUAAUGAGAAUAUGCCAUUUUCACGUUGACGACAUUUGUCUUCAUGUACACUACCAGAAAUUAUUUCGUUUAUGUUCUCUUAUUUAAAUUUGUCAAUCCCGCUGAGGUUUAAAAAACAAUAGCCCUAAUUUGCACAAGUAAUCAACAAACUGAAGGAUUCUGGUAAUUGUAGUAAAAUGAUGUCAUCGUGCAGUUAUCCUAUUAGUUCUCCUUUUUUGGCUAUUUUGAGAUGUAGAGCAAGACUGGGUCGGGAUCGUGCCGAGUUGCAUGUGAAACUGUUGUGGGGAUGCCAAAACUUCUUUCAUUGGCUGCUACAAAGUUACACCGGAAACCGGGUCAAUCAAAACAGUACUAGGAUGCAAUUCCACUCAAUAUAGAGCGUUUUCGUAUGACGUCACAUCCGCCAUAUUCGUGUUCCAAAACAAUGAAAUUGCAGCCAUGUUGGUGUCCCAAACCAGUGUUAUUGUUCCAAUAAAUUUGCAUAGCCGCUGGUCACGUGACUGUAAACACUCUAUAUAAACUGAAAGAGUUAAAAGAUAAGAUAUCCGGUAAAAAAGAACGUAUUUUCAUCUUUUUCUCUGUUCGUAGGAGUGGUCAAAGCAAUCACCGCAUAGAUGUAACAUGGUAACUAACUGCGCUGAGUCUAACUUAGUUAUCAAACCUCAGAGAGGCAAGGCAGUAAUGUGGUACAAUCAUAAGCUACGUGGUUCACAGGGAUGGUUCGGUGAUUUAGACCCGCUUUCAUAUCAGGGAAGCUGUGAAGUCAAGAAAAGUGAAAAAUGGGUCGCGAAGAUUUGGGUCAACAUUAACGGCGAUGGAAGGAAGGAAUUACGUGCGUGGAAAAUGGGCCACAACUGGCUGGCAGAAAAUAAUCGUAAUGAAGAAAUCAUGAAUAUGUUGCAGACAGAAGUUGUAGAAGAAACAGUGGCUGAAAAUAGAUAUACGAAACAGAAAAAUGUGGAGGUUAAUGACGGAGUGAAAAUUGAUUUAGUUGGUCAUACUAACGUCAAAGAGGAAAGCUCUUGGGAAGAAAAUACUGACGCUAAGGAGGAAAGUGUCAAAUAUUAUACUCAAAAUAAGCUGCAAUUAACAGAGGAAUCUUUAAAGGAUUCUUCCAAGGCCACCCCUGAGGGGCCAAAAUUGUCAAGAACAGAAACAUCUUCCCCUCUUCCACUAACGGAAGAGCAAAUGACUCCUAAAGGGCCUCCAGUAGGCCAGUUGCCCACUCAAGGAUUUGAAGGUAGUCGCAUUGUGCAGUCUAUAAUGCUUUUAUUGGAAGAACUUGAUCAAGUUGAACUUGAAAUUAUCGCGAGGAACUUACACACGAAACUUAAACUCGUUUGUGUCCCACUUAUUGUGAAUCCAAUGGGGCGACUUUAGCUCGAACAAAUAUUGAACGAUCGACGUUUUUAAAAUUGAAUAUAGAAAACUUGUUGCUAUGACUAAUUACAAAAGUGUUUAUACCUCAUCACUUCCGGGACCAUUAUCGUAUGUUGUUGCUAGGUAACGUGGUUACUGAGCAAGUGAAAAUUGGCUUCCUGUUUUCGUUUUCCACGUGUUUUUGGAUUACCGGUCGCGCCGGUCGCGGGACAAUUUUUCGUGCCAUCAGUGGUAUCGCUUCCUUGUCGUUUAAGGUACUGCAUGAUUCCAGUGCAAAGUUACGGAAACAUAUAAUUAUGAAUCAAGAGGAUUUAUCAUAUUUAUGGCGAAAAGUCUUUUACAUGUUUGUAUCUACCAAGAAGACUCGCGCUGUAAAAGGACUGUCUGAACACAAGAGCUUUUUAGUUUCUUCACCAAAUGGUAAAGUUGAAAGUUUUUCCUUUUCCAUUUCAUUUAAAACAGUUCAGGGUCGACAUCGAGUUACGUGUUGCGUGUUACUUUCGGCGGAAGUAAACCGGGUAGUCAUUUUGUUUUCAAAUCAAUUGAAAAAUCUGUUUCUUGAAACUUUCGCAUACUAUUUGCAAAAUUUCAAAAACAGUCUGGCAAAUUAUGUCCGAGGGCUACUUGCGGAACACAAUAUUCCAUUCUCAUUUCUAAAUGAAAUAAAUAUCACGAUAGUACUAAAUAUUUUAAGCCAAAGGUACAUUUCUUUUUUCAGGAAAACACGAUUUCCUGCAUUGGGUCACGUGACAUUGGGUGUGUCCUGAUGACGUUACAGGGAGAGGCAACCGGUUCCUUUUAGGGAUAGCCCGAGUUCGCCCUCCCCGCAUUGCCCUCCAAACUCUCCUCACCCCUAACCCCCAUGGAAGGCCUGUGGCCAAGUGACAUCGGGUGAGUCCUGAUGAAGUCACAAAUCAAAUCAAAUCAAAUCAAAUCACUGGUUUAUUUCCCUUUUGCAGUCAGAAGACUGAAUUGUAGGAUACCUUACAAGCUGUGAUAUAUAUACAAAUAUGCUGCAUUUAUUGACAAGAUUGAUAUUUAACACUAACAAAAUUUGAGAAACGUUCAGUCCUUGUGGCCAUAGGCCUGCUAGAACUCCCUGAUCUUAGACACACACUGAUAGAUAUAGGCACUAGUCUGUUGCGUAUUAGUGAGUAUAAUGGGUUACCUGGCCGAACCUUACCAAGCAAAAGUACCGGUCCCUUUUAGAGAUAGCCUGAGCACCCCCCCCCCCCCCCCCCCCCCCCCCCGCAUUGCCAUCUACAAUCUCUUCCCCCUUAUCCCUAUAGAAGGCCUGAUAGUCAGGCUAUUUAAGGGACCACCGUUUGUCUUAUUUUAAAUGUAAGGACCUGGAAAAAGGGGAAUUAAACAUUUGAGCCAGGCAAAACAUUCUUAUCAGCUUCAAAGCUGUUGCAAAUCCAUUUUUUCGCUUUAUGAAAUUAAAUUAUAAAUUAUGAUGAAACAAAAGUACAGCAUGUUAUAGAUAGUGUCUAUGGUACAAUGAUGGUCCUAUUUCUACUCUCUGAAUGUAAUUACUAUUUAUGAUAUUAUUCAUGUGGUGAAGUAUAAAUUUAAAUAAUUGUACAACCCCUUACUAAGAAAGUGGAUUAUCAUCGGCCAAGUAGAAAGCGAUCCAGUUAAGACUUGGUUUAACGUUUCAACCAUCUGAGCCUUUGUCUACGGUGUUAAAAUAGCACACAUCUUUUUGCCACUUCGUGAAUUUUUCAGUGACCACAUAUCUGUUCACUUUGUCAAUUAUUUCACAUUGUGCUCAUAAGUGUAGUUCCACAGAUGGAGCUGAAUAGUCGUUGGUAGUAAUCAAGAUUGUUCAAGUUUUCGUAGGAUCAUCAGCACAAGGAACAGUUCCAUAAACUUUGUACACAGCCAUGUCAUACUUUCGUCUGCAUCGUUUCAUUUCCUCGUUUUGCUGGCGAAAAUAUUCCAACAGUUCUUCUGUGAUUCUAGUUCCCUUAGUCUGGCCAUUCUUUUCCUCCGGAAGAUCCUGGCAAUGUUUUAUGCUGGUUGGUUUUUUACUGUCGAUUGUCUUAGAACUUGACUUUUCUUGUUGAUCAGUAUUACACGAACUCAUAACGCAGUGUUUUCAGUAGACAGAACUGAGAAAAAUGAAUAGCUAGACUGAAAAGCAACGAAUCAGAAUUUUGCACAUUCCAGGAUUUCGAAAUCUUCGGCUUUUUUAACACCCUCCCAAUUGAAAUGACUGACGUCGGUUUAAAGCGCGUCACUUCCGCUCAUUUCCUCUGUCUAUGUACGCUCUAUUUUUUUUGAACUAGAAAAAGAUUACAUUUGCAUUAGUAACCGCUUGAAAAUAACCUUGAGGAAGAAUAAUGGCAAGACUACGGUUUGCAGGCUAACAACCGUAACACAGAAACAAAUGAAAGCUCUUACUGUCUAAUCAAAAAUCCGAAAGUGGCGUAAAUCAUUUCUCAGCGAUAGCAUUUCUUGCCCUCUAAAAUAACCUGAGGAAGGCUUGUGGCAUGGAGUGUGUCCUCUUGACGUCACAAACAUUGCCCUCUAAAAUUCACUCACACCUAAACCCUACCUAAACCCUAUGGAAGGCUUGUGGCUAAGUAACAUGGAGUGUGUCCAUGUUCACCCCUCCCCCCAUUGCCCUCUCACCCCUCACCCCUCACCCCUAACCCCUAUGGAAGGCCAGAUAUUCAGGCUAUUUGAGGGAUCACUGUUUGUUUAUUGUAAAUGUAAGAACCUGGAAAAGGAAAUAACAGAAAUUCGAGCCAAGCAAAACAUUCUUAUAAGCUUCAAAGCUAUUCCAAAUCUACACCGUAAUUUUUAGGGAGUUAUUAUAACUCCAAAAAUGGAGUAAAAAUUUUAGGUACAGGAUAACCCCUUUUUUGGGGUUAUUUUAACUCCUAAUUUAACUCCGAAUUUGGGGUCAUUUUUACUCCUGAAAAAGAGUUCUUUUUACUCCCAGUCUUGGAGUUAAAAUUACUCCGAAAUGGGGUUACUUGUACUCCUAAAAUAACUCCACGAAAAAUAACUCCACUGUAAGGAGUUAAAUUAGCCCCACUAGAGGAGUUAUUAUAACUCCCUGAAAAUUACAGUGUACUUUUUCGCUUUAUGAAAUGAAAUUAUAGAUUUUGAUGAAAGAAAAGUACAGCAUAUCUUAGAUAGUUUCUUUAGUACAAAUGACUGCUGGUCCUAUUUCUUCUCUAUGGAUGUAAUUACCAUUUAUGAUAUUAUUUAUGUGAUUGAGUGUAAAUUUCAAUAAUUGUACGCCUCAAAACUGAGUGGAUUAUCCUCGGCCACUAUAGAAAGCGAUCCAGUUAAUUAAAAUUAAAAGACAUGAUUUUUCGUUUCAGCCAUAUCAGCCUUUGUCAGUAGUAUUAAAAUAACACACAUUUUUUCAGCAGUUCGUAAACAGUUUCAGUGACUACAUAUCUGUUCACUUUGUCAGUUAUUUCACAUUGUGCUCAUUAAGUGUAGUUCCACAGAGAGAGCUGAAAAGUCGUUGGUAGUAAUCAAGAUUGUUCAAGUUUUCGUAGGAUCAUCAGCACGAGGAACAGUUCCAUAAACUUUGUAGACAGCCAUGUCAUACUUUCGUCUGUAUCGUUCCAUUGCCUCGUUUUGCUGGCGAGAAUAUUCUAACAGCUCGUCUGUGAUUCUGGUUCCUUUAACUUGGCCAUUCUUUUCCUCCGGAAGAUCCUGGCAAUGUUUUAUGCUGGUUGGUUUUUUACUGUCGAUUGUCUUAGUACCUGACUUUUCUUGUUGAUCAGUAUUAAACGAACUCAUAACGCACUGUUUUCAGUAGAAAGAACAGAGAAAAAUGAAUAGCUAGACUGAAAAGCAACGAAUCAGAAUUUUGAACUUGCCAGGAUUUCGAAAUCUUCGGCUUUUUUAACACCCUCCAAUUGAAAUGACUGACGUCGGUUUAAGGCGCGUUACAUCCGCUCAUUUCCUCUGUCUAUAUACGCUUUUUUUUUUUGAGUAAAAAAAGAUAACAUUUGCAUUAGGUACCGCUUGAAAAUAACCUUGAGGAAGAAUUAAUCAUUGCAAGACUACGGUUUACAAGCUUACAACCGUAACACAGAAGCAACUGAAAGCUCUUACUUUCUAAGAUCAAAAAGCCGAAAGUGACGUAAAUUAAUUCUCAGUGAAACCUUUGCAAUAACAAAAUGUCCACGCCGCCGAACAGCUCGUAUAAUUUAUACCUUUUUUCCUCACUAUCUUGACCAGCGGUUUCUAUGACGAGUGCUACGAACUCAGCAGGUCAACUCCGAGAAGAAACUACCAUGCAACGGUUAGCAAUAAACGUGGUAAAUUUUUGCUAAGGAGGUUUAAUAGGCACAUGUUUAUGAAAAAGAUGCCGGCAUUGGCAAAGUAUAACUAAUCGCUUCAAAUUCAAUUGACUUGUCAAACCACCUUCGCCGUUUAUCUGAACAUCGUGCGACAGAAGAGUACAUUUAAUAAAGCCGGCGCUUUUUGUUCUUUUUCUUCCUUCGUGGGUACACCAGUCCUGUUUUAUUGAAAAGCAACAGAAUUCCCAUCAGUUAACAUAGUCUGUUGUGCACUGAUCAGGAGCUGAUCGAUCCGUUUCGCCUCUCUUACGAAUUUAAUCCUUUCACUACCUAAAAUCAUAUAAUUAUAUAGAUCUGUAAUAAUUUUGUUCAGUCUGAGUCUGCAGAUCAAUCCCGUGAUGCGACCAUUUAAAUUCGACUUCUCAAAAGUUAAUUUCACAUUCCUUGAUUAAUUUGUUUUCCCAACUUCCGAAUUUCAGUUUUUUGUGUGUCUACUUUUACAUGAAGUUAUUUGAAAUGUACAACACGUGUUAUGGACUCAUAAGCUACAACAGCGGUUACAACUGGUAACGACAAUUAUAAACUUUUAUAGUCACAGUGGCCUCAAAAAUAAAGCUCGCCAAGAAGAAAUUUGAAGGAACAAGUCUUUGUUUUUCAGUAAAACUUUUAUAGUCAAAAACUGCAGAUGAAAUUAUCAGAGAAAAUGGAUACUCACAAAAGCUACCAGCUUUUUAUAAAUAUAAUCAGUUAUUCAGUUCUUCUUAGCUAAUCAGCUACACACUUCAAAUUGCCUCUUGGCUAGCUUUAUUUUUUCGGCCCACUGUGACUUUGAAAGUUUAUAUUUUAUUUCUUCUUAGCUAAUCAGCUAAACCCACAAGAUGGUAGAAAAUUCAUGUUAAGUCAACUGUUGAGGAUGAAAUUUCGUCUAAGUAUGGCCACGAAGGAAAUCUAAAACAGUCUUUGAGCGACUUAAACCUCGUUCCCAGAGUGCCUUUCCAAACCAUUUAAUCCUUUGUAUACUGGGAAAGUGCUGCCAACCGAAUGGGGAUUGUUGAGUCCAAACCGAUAAUUUUCAAUGAAUUUAGACGCCAUUCAUUAAGAGGUCUUUAAGCAAUCUAUGCACGUGGUCAUCUCUUUUGAACAACAUUUUGAACUGAUUAAUCAAGCACUCUAUAUAGAAAUUUGAAAUGUUUCAUAGAACAGCUGUUUACAAUGAAUCCUGCUUCUGCGUCAUCGCCUCUUUCCUUUGUUCUUGUGCAGGAACCUGCCAAAAUCUCAAACAUAGACUUAAGCCACAAGCACAAAAAGUUCAUAUACAGCGUGCAGUUUCAAACAAGAACUUUGGUUUUAUGUACGAGAAUGGAAAACUGGAAGUAUUUCUUUGUAUCUAGUUUCGUCUUGUUAUGUUGUUUGAGGGACGCAAAGAGUGAGAAAUCGGACAACGAAAUUGAUAAAACUAAAUGGACUCCUAAACUGCGAGACCCAGUGAAGGUAAAAUACUUUAUUAAGUCUGUUCCAGCAAGUUUCAGUUCAAAAUGUCGGAUUUCUGUUUGAAAUUGAAAACAAAAUCAUUCCUUUACUGCCCUUAGCAGCCAGCUUAGGCAAUUCAUUGAAGUUUCGCAGAAAAAAGUCGAGAGAAAAUAAACCGAGUGGGACUUUUCAAGAACAAAGUAAAAUCUUCAUGCUUUUGCACGCUUGACUUCACCAGCGAACUACAGAAUUCGUAUUAUUACAGCUUUGACGGAAGAAGGAAAUGUCCUGAUAAUAUGAAAAUCAUUUUGAGACAAAUAUAUUUUCCUAUACGAAAAAGUUAAAAAAGACUGAACUACAAAAUUCAAUCAUAGUUUUUUGGCUUGAAUAUCACGUUAUCAGCCUAGUAUAUAACUAUAUGCUUAGUCUCAAUUCAUUUCAAACGACGUCUACGAGCACGUGAGAGGGUAGUCUUCUCGUAUAAAAGCGUACCGGCUUCAAUUGUUUUUCCUAUACUAACCAGAGGAUAAAUACAUUGCUUAACAGUAAUGUUUUUUUUUAAAAAAAUCCUUUAAAAUAGUCUAACAGUAAAUCAUGAGUUGAAUCAUUUUAAAAGAUAUUAACGAAAGCCUUUCUCGUUUUUAAUAUCACUUACUUGCUCGUUUUCUUAGUCUGAAUUGUCACACGCCGUGGGUUAGGGGUAUGUGGAGACGAAUGACAUAUCAGACUAUCAUUUUCUUGGAGAAUCUUGAUUGAAACAAGUCUUAAAAUGCCAGCAGAAUACUCAUCCUAAGUUUUUUUGUUUUGUUUGUUUGUUUGUUUUUGUUUUUGCCGUUUUGAUGCUCCCAGUUCCUUGAUCGUAAUAGUCGGUAGCCUCGUAGCCUGCGUAACAGGCGCUUGGAAGAAAUGCAUGGGUGCAAGUGCAUGCUAGUAGCCUCGGUUCAGGCCACGUAGUGAAAGGGCAAGGAUUCCUCGCACGUUUCUCGCGUUCGUGUUCACUUUAACUCAAAAUAUGCAACAAGGUUUUUAAAGUAUUUUUUACUUUGUUCAAUUCAUAUUUGUUAAUUCGUUAAGCUGAAUUUGUUUUGUAGAUUGGUCAUGUAGAGGAGGUGAAGGUAUUUCCAUUCCACUUCAGGAAAGUCAAAACAAUUAGCCUAAAGCCGCCGAUAUUUGGUGAGUUGUGCAAUGAAGUGCAUGGGAAGUAACAUUUCAGCAUCCUCUCGUUUUGGUACUUAUACAAGGAUAGUUUUAGCACAGAACUGAUUUCUAUCUCCAUAUUCUGAGUUCUGCAAGCCGUAGCUUGGGCGGAGAAAGAAACUAGAUCAGCUUUCUAAAAGAUAAACAAACAGACCGCGACAAAGUUGACGGUAGAUAGAAAACUAUCUUAAAUUUUCUACUGUUAUCUCUCGUGUGAUCUAUAUAGAGCGGAGACAACAGGAUUCACUGAAACAAGUAAAAUUCUAAUUUUCUCCUUUAAAGAGAUUCCCGAAUUUCUUACUGAUGUGGAAUGUGACCACCUGGUGAGCUAUGCCAGACGACUUGGUUUAGAGAAGAGCCCUUUAGCAAAAUCUGAGAAAACUAUUGAUGAUGAAACGUCAGAAAGGACUUUUAAAAUUUGGGAUAAUAACCAUGAUGGAUUUAUUGAGCCUGUUGAG